CCCUCACAUACACUGUGGCUGUUGCACCAAGUUUACAUAUCAGCUGUAGGUAGACCACUACUAUCAUCAUUAAUUUUCGAAAGGAGCAUGCGAAACUUCUCCAUGGGCCUUGCGCCGCCUCACCUCGCAAGUGGCGCGUCUCGAGCUCCGUCCUCCUUUCUUCGCAAUGCCAUUAUUCACAGGAGAUAUUCCGUGACUGCUAUACCAAUUCGACCUACCGACCGACUUAGAGGGUUAACGACCAAAACCCCCUCAUCUAGCCUUAGAUUUCUCAAGCCACUCGCUCUUUCCUGUCCUCUCUCAAUCCAGUCCACAUUGUUACCAAAUUUCAGAUUAUAUUCCCGGUCUUCUCGGGACGCCCAGGGACAAACUGACUUACCGAAGAACUCGCCUAGUGAAGGAGAUCGCACCGCCAAGGCAGACAACACGGCCAAGGAUACUGCUAUUCCCAAGUCACCAGGAGGGGACUUCAAGGCUGAAGGAGAGACAGGGAAAGAAGAAGCCAGAAAAGAGGAAGAAAAAUCUGAUGAUAAGGAGAAGAAGAAAGAAGAGCCUCCACCACCUCCGCCUCAUGGUGAUAAGACGCCAUGGCAAGUGUUCACUGAGACGCUGCGAUCUGAAUUCAAGGCGUCUAAAGAGUGGAACGAGUCCACCAAAGCUUUACAGUCCGGUAUGGACGACUUUACUGCGAAUCCUAAUGUCCAGAAAGCGCGGACUGCAUACACACAGAGUAAAGACGCAGCUUCUACAGCGACUUCAGCGGCGUUCAGCAAGACAGGCAAGGUGCUGGGACACGGUGCUGCUUGGACGUGGGAUACAACAGUUAUCAAAGGUGUUAGACAGGGAGUGAAUGCUGCUGGACGGGGAAUUGAAAAGGCCACGCGACCUGUUCGGGAAACAGAGGCUUUCAAAAGCGUCAAGAAUACGUUAGACGAUGGAAGCUCGUCGCGCUAUGGUGGAUGGACGGAGAAAGAAGAGCGUAGAAAAAGACGAGAGCUACGGGAACUCAACGAGCUCCAAAGGACUGGCGGACGCCGGUUGGAGAAGAUGGAAGAAGACGCUGAAGCAGGCACAAAUGUGACGCUCCACAAAGAUGCUAAAUGGAAUGCGAAAUGGAGCGAGUUUAAAGACUCCAGUCGUGUUAUGCAAGGCUUUUUCUCUAUGAAGUCGGCCUACAAUGAAUCAGAAAACCCAUUUGUUGCAACUGCGCGAGGAAUUUCUGAUCGCAUCGCUGGAUUUUUCGCCGAGAACGAAACUGCUCAGGUUAUCAAGAAGUUUCGCGAGAUGGAUCCGAACUUCAAAAUGGAGCCUUUCCUCACAGAAAUGCGAGAGUACAUAUUGCCAGAGGUUCUGGAUGCAUAUGUCAAAGGUGAUAUCGAGACUCUAAAGCUAUGGCUCUCUGCAGCCCAGUAUCAGGUGUAUGCUGCACUCAUGCAGCAGUAUACCACUGCAGGACUCAAGUCUGACGGCCGAAUUCUGGAUAUAAGGAACGUAGAUGUACUGUCAUCACGGAUGGUCGACCCAGGCGACGUUCCUGUAUUUAUCGUCACCUGCCGGACUCAGGAAGUGCACGUUUACAAGAAUGCGAAAUCCGGAGACUUGGCGGCUGGACAAGACGACCGUGUCCAACAAGUCACAUAUGUUAUCGGCAUGACGCGGUUACCUGACGAGGUUAGUAACCCGGAGACGAGAGGAUGGCGAAUGAUUGAGCUGCAUAAAAGUGCACGGGACUAUCUAUGAACUCCUACGUCAACUUCAAAUUGUACUACUACCACUGAGGAGCUACCACAGGCCUAAAUGGUCUGGCCCGGCGCGGUUUGUCUUGUGUGUGGGCCGUUCGAUGUGCAUAAAUACUUGGCGUCUUUCUCAAAAGCAAGGCAUUUCACAGCGUUUUCUUGUACUCAUAUGCCGCCCGCUCGAUAAUUGUGUUGUACAUGGGAGUAGUAAGGCUUCUUAGUAUCUUCUUGUAUCCUACCUUCUUGCUCAGAGGGUAUCAUUACGUUCCCCACUCAUGUCUGUACAUAUACCACCAAAAGACCAACGCUGCAGGGGCUGGGGUGAUGAAGAGCUUCUACGCAGGAUUUAAUAUAAGCCAGUCAUUGAAUCAUUGAUCCAUC